CACAUAUACUAUGUACUAACUCAACAACAAUAUUAUUAAUUAAAGAAGCUAUCAACUUAGUUGUUAUUUAGCUCCAAGCAUUUGGCUAAGAUCUUCUAUAAGUAAGCUGCAAGGAAAUAAUGACAGAGACACAGUCACACAGAGUUAGAGUUAGUAGUUAGUAAAUGAACCAUACCUACACAUCCACAUGGAGCACGAGCCUGAAUUUUAAGAAAAUAAAUGCUCCUAAGAGAUACACCUAUAUCUAUAUUAAGAUAAUACUCUCUCCGUCCCUUAAAACUUUGUUACUUUCCUUUCUCUCUCUUCUGCACAAACAUCAACCAAUGCACACAGUUUUUACUUUAUUAUUUUUCGUGCCGGUCUACUUUGGCAAAGUUUUAAGGGACGGAGGGAGUAACAGGAAGCAGCAUGCCAAGGGUUUCAAUGAUCAGAAAAUAAUGGUAACAAUGUCAUCUCCAUCGACCUUUAUAACGGUUCAGGAUCGCCCCCGCCAAAACUGAAGACAGUCGUGCGAGAACCUCCGUUGCACGACCUUGAGGCGUUCUCGGAUAGAGCAUAUCUUGUGGAAUCAUCAAAGGGGAACCUGUACUCUAUUCACAGAAAACGGAAUAGAGCUGCCCAUUUAACCAAAACAUUCGAGGUAAUGAGGCUGGUUUUGGACGAGAAAGGGGAAUUGUUGGAGAGGAAAGAAGUGAAGAGUAUCGAUGGGGAUGUGGUUUUUAGGAGAUAGUGCAACCAUGGCUGUUUCGGCUGCCAAGUAUUUUUCUCAAGGGAAGCCCAACACAAUAUAUUACACAGAUGAUUACAUUGAUUUAGUUAGUCCCUUUGGUCCUCAAGACAAUGUCAUUUUCUAUUUGGAUGGUGAUACAGGGGCCUCUGCCUUUGGACAACAUUACCCAUUCCAAUCUUCCCACAGCCGCUUGCCUCCCUAUAUUUGGAUUCUCCCACCAAUUGGUUACCUCUUGCACAGGGCCGAACCUUUAUAUGAGGCAAAGAGGCAAUUGCCUCAGGCCCCACAAAAUUGGAAAUAAACUAGGGCCCACAAAUUACUAGC